AUGAUGGAAAAUCCAGUUUUACAGAACGCACAUCCUCUUUCUUCAAAUAAUAAUAAUCUAUCUCUAUUGAAUCACCAAUAUCAAAAAGCGCCACUGGUUCCCGCGUUGAAUAUUAACAAUGGUGAUAUAAAUAAUAUUUCGUUUCAACAAAGACAACAACAAUUUCAGCAGAAUGAACAACAAGAAAUGCAGCGAGGAAAUUAUCCUAUAAUAAAAUCAUCGCAUUCGCCUGGUGCAAAUGUCUGGAGCCAAGAGUUUAGGAAUUCAGCUGCCGUUACAGAUGUUUCCAGUAGUACCACUGGAACUAUUGCUAAUAACAGUAACUAUCUACUAAAUAAUAUGAACAGAUUAGCACCCUCUUCCUCUUCUAACAUGCUAAUGAGAAACCAUGCGAUGCAUACUUAUCAGUCUCCGAUGUUGCUAGCCUCCAAUUCUACUUCUACUAAAGUUAAUACUAGUGCCUCCCAUUUAACAGAAACACAGUGGGAUCAACAAUUUGAAAACUUGGAAAAACAGGUCAGUGAAAAGUUACAGUUACAGGAAACUGAGUCAGAACAGCAGCAACAACAUGACGAUGGAAUAACUGAGCAGAAUGAUUUUGAAAUGGUUUGGGAAGACUUACAAAAACAACGAGAAAUCAAUGAAACCGAGUUAAACGGUAGUGCUACAGCAGAUAAAGAAUUGGACGAUUAUUAUGAUUCUUACUAUAAAAUGUACACUAAUACACCACAUGAAUAUAAGUUUAGUGAGGAAAACCAAUAUAGGGGAAAACCAAAUGCAUAUGAAAUGGGAUGUCUCUUAAUGGAACAAGGCGCUAAAUUAAGUGAAGCUAUCUUGUGUUUUGAGGCUUCUGUGGAAGAAAACCCCACACAUGUGGAUGCGUGGUUGAAAUUAGGACAAUGUAAUAUAGCUAAUGAGUUGGAAUUGCAAGGAAUUGCUAGCUUGGAAAAAGUGUUAGAAUUAGAUUCUGGCAACUUGGAAGCAAUGAUAAAUUUAAGCGUUAGUUAUAUUAAUGAAGGUUACGAUUUGACCGCUUAUGGAAUGUUGGAUAAAUGGAUAAAUGGUAAGUAUGGACAAAAUUUAAGAGCGCUUCCUUCCUUAGAAAGUUCAUCUGAUAAUACUGUCAGCGUAUUGGACAAGACUUUAUCUAAGUUUAACCAUAUUUUGAGUAAUAAUAACAGAGGCAGUGUAAUAAGAGAUGCUGAUUUUCAAUUGGGUUUAGGUUUGUUAUAUUAUACCAGAGGUGACUUUGACAAGACAAUAGAUUGUUUUCAAACAGCAUUAGAAUUACAACCCAACGAUGAAUUAAUGUGGAAUAGAUUGGGCGCUACAUUAGCUAAUAAUAACAGAUCUGAAGAUGCUAUUCAUGCAUACAAACAGGCUUUGCAAUUAAAGCCCACAUUUGUCAGAGCAAGAUAUAAUUUAGCAGUUUCCUGUAUAAAUAUUGGAUGUUUUAAAGAGGCUGUAGAGCACUUAUUAGGUGCUUUGAGUCUACAUGAGGUUGAGGGGGAUGUUUCUGGUGUUGGAGCUUCUCUUUCUCAGGUAGAUAAAUAUAGCGCUAAUAUAAUGGAGACUUUAAAAAGGGCGUUUAUAGCUAUGGACAGAAGAGAUUUAUUAGAAAGAGUUGGGCCAGUUGGCACCAAGUUAAAUUUGGAGCCUUUCCGUGAUGAAUUUAACUUUUAA